AUGUCCCUUUGCGCAAGAGGCGCCCUGUUCCGGGCAGGAAAACUCAGAAAACUGCAACCCAUCUCGAGAGCUCUGACAGCUCAGUUUGAAUACUCAACAUGGUCGAAUAACGGUCCAAGUCGCUUUGCGACCAAGCACAACUCUCCUCUCAGCCUCCGACACGGCCAGAUUCGCAAAUUCUCGGCACCUCAAUCUCAACAAGGGAAAGAUGAACUUGGUCAAGAUGAACUCAUCGAUGUGCUACCUAUCUGUUGUCCUGGGUGUGGCGCAUUCUCUCAGACAAUCGAGCCUGAAGAGCCUGGCUACUACAGUGCCAACCGAAAGCAGACCAGGAAGCUCUUAGCUCGGAAGAAGGGUGCUCUCGAGCAAAGUAGCAAGGAGCAGGAUGAGAAAGAUGCCAUCCUGAAAGAUGCUGGAAUUGAAGACGACUCACAGUCUUCGGCGCCGGUCCCGAUUCAUGCAACUGACAGUCUAAAACAAGGCGGCGCUCUUCCUGACGACGUUCUCGUCCCUGAGAGUCAACCUACAACUGAACUACUAGAAGCACCAUCGCGUGUGUCCCAUGUCUGUGAUCGCUGUCACGACCUGAUACAUCAUAACAAGGCCGCCUCUUUGCCCAAGCCUUCUGUACACUCAAUCCGGGAAUUGAUGGACGAGUCACCUUACAAAUACAAUCGCAUUUACCAUAUCUUGGAUGCCGCGGAUUUCCCGAUGUCCCUCAUCCCACGCAUCCACGCUGCCUUGGACGCUCAAGAGCAACGGUCGAAGAAUCGACGAGCAACGAACGAGAAGUACAGCGGUGGCAGGAAGCUGCCCACCUUGAGUUUCGUCAUUACACGCGCGGACCUGCUUGCAGCCACCAAGGAACAGGUAGACUCCAAGAUGGAGUAUAUCCGCAAUGUACUGCGGGAUGCUCUGGGAAAGGCGGGUAGAGACGUCAGAUUAGGCAAUGUGCACAUGAUUAGCGCUCAUCGCGGUUGGUGGACGAAACAGGUCAAAGAAGAGAUCAAAGAGCAUGGCGGAGGUAUUUGGGUUGUUGGCAAGGCCAACGUUGGAAAAAGCAGCUUCAUUGAAGUGUGUUUUCCGAAAGAUUCGUCUCGCCUCGAGAAUAUGGCUGAGUGGAUUGAACAACAGCGGGAAGAGCAUGAGAUUCCUAAUCAGCGCCAGGCCUCUCUGCUCGAUCCCGAGAGCUUGCUUCCGCCGGCGCCACGCGAGGACAUGUACCCGGUGCUUCCUGUGAUUUCCUCCUUGCCUGGUACCACGGUGUCUCCGAUUCGAAUUCCAUUCGGUCGCGGAAAGGGCGAAGUCAUUGAUCUGCCUGGCCUUGAACGUGGAGAGCUCGAAGAUUAUGUUCGCGACGAGCAUAAGCGUGACUUGAUCAUGACCAAGCGUGUCAAGCCUGAACGGUGUACAGUCAAACCAGGUCAAUCCCUUCUCCUGGGAGGUGGUCUGGUGCGCAUCACCGCUGUUGACCCAGACGACACCGUUCUCGCUGCAUGCUUUGUCCCCAUUGAGCCGCACGUCACUAAGACUGAUAAGGCCAUUGAGCUCCAAACAGAGCGACGCCCGUAUGUCGGGAAGCAGCUUAUGAAAGAAGGAACUGGCGCGACGAUUGCCUCGUCAGGAAAGUUCGACUUGCGCUGGGACACGACUGCCUCUAACCUCCCGUCGCUCGUGGCCAAAGCUGUGAAAGACAAAGGCAUACCUAUUCCCAAACUUCCCUACCGAGUCAUGUCGGCCGAUAUUCUCGUUGAAGGCUGCGGCUGGAUCGAAGUAAGCAUCCAGGUCCGAGCAAGACGCUACCCAGGGAACAAGAACGACCAGGUGAACUAUCCACAGAUUGAGGUCUUCACUCCCAACGGCAAGCAUAUUGGUAUUCGACCUCCAAUCCAGUGCUGGGACUUCAUUGCGCAAAAGCUGAAGGCAGACAAAAGGAAAAGACCGCGACUGAGGUUCCGCUAUAGCUGA